AACAGAAACGCAACCGAACCGUGAGAAACGAGGGCCGGAUUCUCCAACCGUAUAACCGACAGCACAAGGGAGGAGGAGAGAGAGAGAGAGAGCCGCGCCGGCGGGGCGCCGACGGCGCCGCCCCAAUGGUGCCGGCGAGCACGGUGCUCACGCUGCUGGGCUUCUGCGCCAGCGUCCUCUUCAUCGUCUUCGUGUGCUCCCGGCUCGUCUGCGCCCUCACCCGCCGCGUGCGCCGCGGCCGCCGCCCCUCGCCGCCUCUCCCCCGCUUCCCCUCCGUCGGGGUCAGAACCGGUCACUUCUUCAAUGCUCAGUUCGACCGCCAGGGACACGCCGCUGGAGGGGGAGGGGUCGACCCCGCCGCCGUAGCCGCCUUCCCCACACGCGCCUUCUCCGCCGCGGGCUGCCCCCGCGGCGAGGCGGCGGACGCCUCCUCCAUGUGUGUCGUCUGUCUUGCAGAGUACGAAGAUGACGACGUACUCCGCGUUCUUCCUUACUGUGGCCACGAUUUCCACGUGGCUUGCAUUGACAUCUGGCUAAAGCAGCACUCGACAUGUCCUGUCUGUAGAGUUUCCCUGCGGAACGACCCUGGCAGAAAGCAUGCUGUGCCGCCUCUGCCAAGCGCGGUGAUAGUAAUUCCCCCAUGCUCCCCUGAAGUGUCAAGAUCCGAUCCAUGCCGCUGCCUGUUCUCUGGCAGAGGGCAUUCGCCAACGACAUCGUCACAGGUUCUUACAAACGAACCUGGCCAGGCGAAUCAGAUUCAGGUAGUAUGCCAUCCAUUGGAGGAUCAGGGAAACAAUGCGACACCAUCUGAGGUUGGCUUUCCUGGUGAGAAUAACAACCAGACAGUGAAAUUGAACAUAGAGAGUCCUCGCUUUGUUGGCAUGCUGCCAUGAUGUAAAGCCUAGUUAGAAGUUCCUUGAAGUUCCUUUUUUCUGCAGUCUGAGCAGACCUGUAGAAUCAGAAACAUUUUCAUGUGUGCGAGGAUGGCUGUUAUAUGUUACAGUAGUUUUCAGAGAGUUGAUGUAAAUAUGAGAAUUCAUUCAGUUUUCUUCUUAAAGCGCCACAUUAUUUGUUGAUCA